AUUGAAAGACACUCACCAAGUCACUCCAAUUGUGUCCUAGACAGUACCCAAACGACUACUAUGGCCAAACAAAACCAACUCUCGUUCCUCACAUCAGCCACUCUUUUGGUCAUUAUAGUUUCUGUUUCGGAAACACUUUCUCGCCCUCUUGUGGAGGAACACUUGUUAAAGCAACAUGAGGAGUGGAUGGCGAUCCACGGGCGCAUCUACAAGGACGCGGUCGAAAAGGCGAAACGGUAUGAGAUAUUUAAAGAGAACGUUAAGCACAUCAACGCCUUUAAUAAUGGUAAGGACAAGGGGUAUAAACUGGCUGUGAAUAAGUUCGCAGACCUAACCAAUGAGGAGUUCCGCGCUUCCUACACCGGCUACAAGAGGAGGCCCACCAGGGUCCUGUCCUCUGUGGAUGUGAAACCGUUCAAGUACGCGAACUUCACCGCCAUUCCAGCUGCCUUGGAUUGGCGAACCAAGAAGGCCGUGACGUCUGUCAAGGAUCAAGGCGUCUGCGGAUGUUGUUGGGCAUUCUCGGCAGUGGCAGCUAUGGAAGGGCUUACCCAGCUCAAGAAGAGGAAGUUGGUGCCACUCUCGGUGCAAGAACUUGUCGAUUGCGAUGUUAAUGGUAAGGAUAAAGGCUGCAGGGGCGGUUACAUGGACAGUGCCUUUGAGUUCGUAAUAAGCAACGGCGGCCUCACGACUGAGGCAGAAUAUCCUUACCAGGGAACUGACCGGACCUGCAACAAGGCCAAGACGGCAAAACAUGCAGCCUCGAUAACCGGAUACCAGGAUGUGCCAGCCAACAACGAGAAGGCCCUCUUGCAGGCCGUGGCGAACCAGCCUGUCUCGGUGGCAAUCGAGGGGGGAGGGUUGAAGUUCCAAUUAUACUCAAGUGGCGUGUUCACGGGCUCGUGCGGGACCGACAUCGACCACGCAGUCACAGUGGUUGGGUACGGGAAGACCUCUGGGGGGAUCAAGUAUUGGCUGCUGAAGAAUUCAUGGAGCACCGAGUGGGGCGAGAGCGGGUACAUGAGGAUCCAGAGGGAUGUGAGCUCUAAGGCUGGUCUCUGUGGUCUUGCCAUGAAUGCUUCUUAUCCAACUGCGUGAAGAAAGGAGAAGAUAAAAAAAUAAAUUAUGAGCUUAUAUAUCUCAUACUAGUUAUUGGGCGCUCUGCAGAAGAAGCGAGUUUUUAAGUAACGCUACGUCACUCUUUUUUCUUUUUCUUUUUGUGGGGGGGUGUCAAACAACAGAAACUCUAUGUUGUUUGCAAAACUAAGGGCCUGCCAAUUAAAGUUGUACCAAGUGUUUCAAAUUGUUGUGUGGGCCAAGAUAAAGAAUAUGUUCUAAUGAAUGCAUGAAAUGGUUUAAUCAGCUUGAUUU